AUACCACCAAACAGCAAUUCAAGAAAAUGAGUUAUAUUCUCUCCCAUUUAAUACACAUCUUAUUAUUAGCUACCCUACUUCUUGUAUCUUUCGAACCCAAAUGUUCCUUGUUGGUCAAGACUGCUGCCCUAAGCCUUGACACAGACAAGGAAGCCUUGCUGGCACUCAAAUCUCAGAUUAGCUUGGAACCACCCUCUAAUUUAUUUUCUUCAUGGAACCCUAAUAACUCGUCGCCUUGCAAUUGGACAGGAGUUGUCUGCAACAGACUCGCCGACAGAGUUGUUGGUGUCGAUCUGUCUAGCGCAGACCUUUUUGGGUCGGUUAGUCCUUAUAUUGGCAAUCUCUCAUUCCUUGAGACACUGAAGCUUCAGAAUAAUCAACUUACUGGUGCAAUUCCUGAUGAAAUUUGCAAUCUUUUUCGGUUGAGAGUGAUGAAUAUGAGCUUCAAUAGCUUGCAAGGUUCGAUCUCGUCCAACAUAAGCAAGCUUUCGGAGCUCAGAAUACUCGACUUGUCAAUGAAUAAGAUUACAGGAAAAAUUCCUGAAAAACUCACAACUCUUUCCAAUCUCCAAAUUCUCAACUUGGGGCGAAAUGUUCUUUCAGGUCCAAUUCCACCAUCCAUAGCAAAUCUUUCAGCACUAGAAGAUUUGAUUUUAGGCACUAAUACUCUUAGUGGCGGUAUUCCAAGUGAUUUAAGCAGACUCCGUUAUCUCAAAGUCCUCGAUCUCACCAUAAACAAUCUCACUGGUGCAGUUCCGUCAACCAUCUAUAACAUGUCCUCACUGGUUGAUAUUGCCCUAGCUUCUAACGUAUUAUGGGGUAAAAUUCCUAGUGAUGUUGGGGUUACACUUCCAAAUCUUUUAGUUUUCAAUUUGUGCUUCAAUAAGUUCACUGGUACAAUUCCUAGUUCUUUGCAUAAUCUCACCAACAUAAAAGUCAUUCGGAUGGCAUCUAAUCUUCUUGAAGGAACCGUCCCUCCAGGUUUAGGAGAUCUUCCAUUUCUAGAGAUGUACAAUAUCGGUUAUAAUAAAAUUGUUAGUCCUGCUGGAGAUAAUAAUGGCAUUGACUACAUCAUCAAUUCUUUAACCAAUAGCACCCGCCUCAAGUUUCUUGCGUUCGACGGAAACUUUUUUCCCGGUAUCAUUCCGGAUUCUGUCGGCAAUCUUUCGAAGGAUCUGUCGAAACUGUACAUGGGACAAAAUAUGAUUUCUGGUGGCAUACCAACCUCAAUUGGUAAUCUUAAUAGCUUAACUUUGUUAAACAUAAGCUAUAAUUCGCUCAACGGUUCAAUUCCAAAUGAAAUUGGCGAACUCAAGAACCUGCAAAUGUUGAGUUUGGCUAGGAAUCAACUUUCUGGCAGUAUUCCAGAUUCUCUUGGUAAUCUUCAAAAGCUGAACCAAAUGGAUUUAUCAAGAAAUGAAUUGGUGGGUGGAAUAUCAAAUAAUUUUGGGAAUUUCCAUAGCAUGCUCUCCAUGGAUUUAUCCUCCAAUUAUCUCAAUGGAAGCAUACCUAGAGAAAUUCUCAAUCUCCCAAGUUUGAGCAAGAUCCUGAACCUGUCAAACAACUUGUUAACAGGAAAUUUAUUACAAGACAUUGGUCUUCUGAAAGGUGUUGUCAGCAUUGAUGUCUCCAAAAAUAAGUUGUCUGGUGAAAUUCCAAGCUCAAUCAAAAACUGUGAGAGCUUGGAGGAAUUGUACAUGGCCAGAAACUCAUUUUCAGGUCCUAUUCCUGCUUCCUUAGGGGAGAUGAAAGGUCUAGAAAUCGUCGACCUUUCGUACAAUAAUCUCUCUGGUUUCAUUCCUCCAGAUCUUGAAAAGCUGCAAGCCCUUCAGUUGUUGAAUCUUUCCUUCAAUGACCUGGAGGGAUCAAUUCCAUGUGGUGAAACAUUUAAAAACCUUUCAAUAGUCCAUUUACAAGGCAACAAAAAGAUUUCGGCUUGUCUGAAUCCUGGUAGUCGUAGACGUAAAAACAGCCGAGUUAAAAUUUCUAUCAUCAUUGUCGCUGCCGCAGCAACAUUAGGGUUAUGCAUUUCUGUCGGCUACUUUCUCUUUAUGAGGAGAAGAAAAGCGAAAAUAGCUGUUGGAUCUAAUAACUUGAUAAGCAAGCAACAUCAAAUUGUCUCGUAUCAUGAACUCCGGCGAGCAACUGAUAACUUUAACCUUCAAAAUUUGAUUGGAACAGGCGGAUUUGGAUCAGUGUUCAAAGGGUUUCUUACAGAUGGUUGUGCUGUUGCAGUUAAAGUUCUUGACAUCAAACAGAAAGGAUAUUGGAAAAGCUUUGAAGCUGAGUGUGAAGCUUUAAGAAAUGUCAGGCAUCGAAAUCUUGUUAAGUUGAUCACAUCCUGCUCGAGCAUAGAUUAUAAAAAUGAAGAAUUCCUGGCUCUGGUUUAUGAGUAUUUAAGUAAUGGGAGCUUGGAAGACUGGAUAAUGGGGAAGAUGAGGAAAGAAAAUGGAGACGGACUAAAUUUUAUAGAGAGACUGAAUGUGAUCAUCGACGUUGCCGCUGUCAUGGAUUACCUGCACUAUGACUGUGAACCGCCGGUGGUGCAUUGUGAUUUGAAGCCGAGCAAUGUUCUUAUAAAUGAAGACAUGACUACUAAGGUAGGCGAUUUCGGGCUUGCUAGGUUUCUGAUGGACAAACUUGGUGCUCAAGCUUCCAUCAGCUCAACCCAUGUUUUGAAAGGUUCCAUAGGAUACAUUCCCCCAGAGUAUGGUCUAGGGGUGAAACCAUCAACUGCUGGAGAUGUAUACAGCUUUGGAGUGAUGAUACUCGAGUUAUUCACCGGCAAGAGCCCGACUAGUGAUAGUUUUAAGGACGAACAAGAUCUUGUUAGAUGGGUGCAAUCCUCCAAUUUGAUGCAAGUUCUAGACCCUCAUCUCUUGCUACUUGAAAUUCACCAUGAUUGUAUGAUCACAAUUCUUGAAGUUGGAUUAUGUUGCACCGCAGAUUCUCCUGAUAGGCGCAUCAGCAUGAGAAAUGCUCUCUCCAAGCUCAAAGGAGCUAGAGACACCCUUCUUAACUAUGUUCAUAAGCCAACUAUUUCACCAUGAUUAAAAUACAGUUUAUUCAUAGGCUCAUAGUUUAUGUUGUAUGGAAAUUAAACAAUUUAACAAUUUUACGUUUUAGAGUUUUAUUUUUCAUUUUAAGAUUGCUUUUGAAACUCAAAAAAAAUUAUAUUUGUAAUCUAUCCUUAAAAAAUUAUCUUUUUGUUGUUUUUAUUUCAGUGUUUAGUAGGAAUAUCCAUAAAUAUAGUAUGCAUGCACUCGAUCUACUUAAGAAAAGUUCACCUAAGAAAUAAAACAUAAAAUUUUCAUUUCAA